CAUGGCCCCGGGGGGCCGCUAGCGCGGACCGGCCCAACCGGGAGCCUCUCUGCUGCUGCCGCCGCCGCCACUCGGGAGCCCAGGCCCCGCCGCCGUGGAAGAGGUGUAUAGACAGCUGCCUGACUCCUGGGCCCUAGGCCCCUUCCACAAUGCCUGUCGCUGGUCUCCUCCUCUGGGCUUCCCUGCUCACUGGGGCCUGGCCAGCCGCCCCCACCCAGGACUACCUCCCAGCCAUGCCCCGGAUCCGGCUCUCAUAUAAAGAGCUUAAAGCCACAGGCACCGCCCACCUCUUCAACUUCCUUCUCAACACAAGCGACUACCGAAUCCUGUUCAAGGACGAGGACCACGACCGCAUGUAUGUGGGCAGCAAGGACUACGUGCUGUCCCUGGACCUGCAUGACAUCAACCGCGAGCCCCUCAUUAUCCACUGGGCAGCCACCCCACAGCGCAUUGAAGAGUGCGUGCUCUCAGGCAAGGAUGGCAACGGUGAGUGCGGGAACUUCGUCAGGCUCAUCCAGCCCUGGAACCGAACACACCUGUACGUGUGUGGCACUGGAGCCUACAACCCCGUGUGUGCCUAUGUAAACCGUGGCCGCCGUGCCGAGGCCACGCCCUGGACCCAGAUGCAGGUGGUCAGAGGCCGAGGCAGCAGAGCCACCGAUGGCGCCCUCUCCCCGACGCCCACAGCCCCACGCCAGGAUUACGUCUUCUACCUGGAGCCUGAGAAGCUCGAGUCAGGAAAGGGCAAGUGUCCCUACGACCCCAAGCUGGACACAGCCUCAGCCCUCAUCAACGAGGAGCUCUAUGCAGGCGUGUACAUCGACUUCAUGGGCACGGACGCAGCCAUCUUCCGCACCCUUGGCAAGCAGACGGCCAUGCGCACAGAUCAGUACAACUCUCGGUGGCUCAAUGACCCUUCUUUCAUCCACGCCGAGCUCAUCCCUGACAGUGCCGAGCGCAACGAUGACAAGCUCUACUUCUUCUUCCGUGAGCGGUCCAUAGAGGCGCCGCAGAGCCCUGCUGUGUACGCCCGCAUUGGGCGGAUCUGCCUGAAUGAUGACGGUGGCCACUGCUGCCUGGUCAACAAGUGGAGCACGUUCCUGAAGGCAAGGCUGGUCUGCUCUGUGCCAGGCGAGGAUGGCAUCGAGACCCACUUCGACGAGCUCCAGGAUGUUUUUGUCCAGCAGACCCAGGAUGUGAGGAACCCAGUCAUCUACGCUGUCUUCACCUCCUCAGGCUCUGUGUUCCGAGGCUCUGCCGUGUGUGUCUACUCCAUGGCUGACAUCCGCAUGGUCUUCAACGGGCCCUUUGCCCACAAGGAGGGCCCCAACUACCAGUGGAUGCCCUUCUCAGGGAAGAUGCCCUACCCACGGCCCGGCACGUGUCCUGGCGGAACCUUCACGCCGUCCAUGAAGUCCACCAAGGACUACCCUGAUGAAGUCAUCAACUUCAUGCGCAGCCACCCGCUCAUGUACCAGGCCAUCUACCCUCUGCAGCGGCGGCCCCUGGUGGUCCGCACGGGCGCUCCCUAUCGUCUCACCACUGUCGCCGUGGACCAGGUGGACGCAGCCGACGGGCGCUAUGAGGUGCUUUUCCUGGGCACAGACCGCGGGACAGUGCAGAAGGUCAUCGUGCUGCCUAAGGAUGACCAGGAGAUGGAGGAGCUCAUGCUAGAGGAGGUGGAGGUCUUCAAGGACCCAGCGCCUGUUAAGACCAUGACCAUCUCUUCCAAGAGGCAACAACUGUAUGUGGCCUCAGCCGUGGGCGUCACACAGCUGAGCCUGCAUCGCUGCCAGGCAUACGGGGCUGCCUGUGCCGACUGCUGCCUCGCCCGGGACCCCUACUGCGCCUGGGAUGGCCAAGCCUGUUCCCGCUACACAGCAUCCUCUAAGAGGCGGAGCCGCCGGCAGGAUGUCCGGCACGGGAACCCCAUCAGGCAGUGCCGUGGGUUCAAUUCCAACGCCAAUAAGAACGCCGUGGAGUCUGUGCAGUAUGGUGUGGCCGGGAGCACAGCCUUCCUUGAGUGCCAGCCCCGCUCGCCCCAGGCUACCGUGAAGUGGCUGUUCCAGCGAGAUCCCAGUGACCGGCGCCGCGAGAUCCACACAGAUGACCGCUUCCUGCGCACUGAACAGGGCUUGCUGCUUCGCGCCCUGCAGUCUGGCGAUAGUGGCCUCUACUCCUGUACAGCCACAGAGAACAACUUCAAGCACGUCAUCACACGGGUGCAGCUGCAUGUCCUGGGCCGGGAAGACAUCCGUACGGCCCUCUUCCCACCACCAGCUGCGAGCAUUCCACCGCCAGCUGCGAGCAUUCCACCGCCCCCGGGCACCGGCCCCCCCAAGCCCCGUUACCAAGAGCUGGCCCAGCUGCUGGCCCAGCCAGAAGUGGGCCUCAUCCACCAGUACUGCCAGGGCUACUGGCGCCACGUGCCCCCCAGUCCCAGGGAGGCCCCAGGGGCACCCAGGCCUCCUAAACCCCAGGACCAGAAAAAACCCCGGAACCGCCGCCACCACCCGCCGGACACAUGAGGCCUGCUGUCUGAGCCCUGCAAUGGGCCAGCCUCUAGCCCUUGUUCCUUUUAAUAUAAAAGAUAUAUAUAUAUAUAUAUAUAUAUAUAAAAUAUCUAUAUUCUAUAUACACCCUGCCCCUGCAAAGACAGUAUUUAUUGGUGGGUUGUAAAUAACCUGCCUCAACGGCAGCAUCAUCCAGAACUUAGACCCAAGCUGGUCAGAGACAGCAGAAAACAGAGCCCACCUAACCAGGCGCAGCCAGUUGGCUGGGUCAGGCCAGGACCACACAGUCCCCAGGCUCACCUGGGGGUCUGCCUGCUCGACAGCCACCGGCGGGAUCAACAGGAUACAGGGAGCGAGCAGGCUCUACCUGGAUAGAGCACGGACUGUAUACACACCUUUGCCAGUGUGUUUCGGCCUGUGCUGCUGGCGUGUGCGUGGAGGCGAGGACUGCU